UGCAGCUCUCUGGAACCAGGCGAGGCGAGAGACGUACCUGGAAGCAGCACCGCUAGCCAGUCCUACACAUUUCCACUGCGUCUGUCUGUCUGUCUGUCUACAAAACUGAUUCAGCUUUGUCUGUUUCUGCAAAACUUGGAAAAACUUCGGCCUCAAGAGAGUGAGAAACAGAAGCCAGGAUGCCGUCAGGGAAUGGACUAGGUCCUCACGUUAGGGACAAUGCCGAUGGCACCAUCUGUGUGGAGUACGAGCCCAAGAAGGAGGGGCGACACGAGGUGCUCAUGUCCUACGAUGGCUCGGGGGUGGACGGAUCACCUUUCUCCUGUGUGGUGGACAAGAUUGACAACAGUUUUAUCACAGCUUUCGGCACCGGUCUGGUGGGGGGACUCAGUGGUGACACAGUCAGCUUCACCGUCGUCGCUAAACAGGGCACCUCAAAGGACAUUGAUGUGAAGAUCGAUGGGCCGGCCAAGGUUGAUCUACAGCGGGCAGAUAACCCCGAUGGUUCAGCAAACUUCAGUUACAUGCCCAUGACACCCGGCGCCUACAACAUCAACAUCAAAUACCAUGGCAAGCCCAUCAAGGGGUCACCAUUUGUCUCCAAGGUUUCAGGUGAAGGCAGGAAAAGGUCCACCUUGUCGCUGGGUAACAGCGCCGAGUACUCCCUCAAGAUCAUCGAGCCCGACAUCGUCGACCUGGUGGGGACACUGCAGACCCCAGGGGGACAGAUCGAACCAAUCAUCUUGAAGAAGAUGGAGAAUGGGGAACUCGGUAUCGCCUACUUCACCCCCCGUCAGAAAGGUGAGUACGUCGUGUGCGUGCUGAGGCAGGAGAAGAACAUCAACAACAGCCCAUUCAAGAUCAAGGUGGGCGACAAGGAGCUGGGACACGCCGCUGGCUGCACCGUCAAGGGCGACGUCGCUGAGGCCUUGGCCAACAAAAGCAACGAGAUCGUCAUCGACACAUCAAACGGAGGUUA